CAGCUCGUGCAGGCUCCGGAGACAGGGGACUAAGGGGAGGUGAGGCUGGGUGCAAGAGGGAGAGCGCCGAAUGUGGGUCGCCAGAAAGUGCCGCUGGGCUGCAGACACUCCGAGUCGCACGGGGUGGCGGGGGGAAUGACUUGAGCACUGGAGGUUCAGUGCGGACGCUCAUCACCUGGAAUAUCGGACGUCUGGAUUGCAUUUGACUGACUUCGCACGGUCAAAGAAAAGCCACUCUGCCGAGUUUGAGAGUAGAGGAGUACAGAGGAGAUGGCAUUUGGACGCACAUCAUCCCCGCGGUGUGCACAGCAAGCGGGACGCUGGUGACAGUUCAAACGCAGAGGUUUCACCUCAAAACAGCAGGAGGAAUUCAGCCACUGAAGAUGGUGAUUCUGCUUGUGUCAUGGCAAACGGAACUGGCACGAUCAUGUUGAAAUGCGUGGUUGUCGGUGACGGUGCCGUUGGGAAAACUUGUCUGUUGAUGAGUUAUGCAAACGACGCUUUUCCCGAAGAGUAUGUGCCCACUGUUUUUGAUCAUUACGCAGUCAGUGUAAAUGUUGGAGGAAAGCAGUACCUGCUCGGAUUGUAUGACACAGCUGGUCAGGAAGACUAUGACAGGCUGCGGCCACUGUCCUACCCCAUGACUGACGUCUUCCUCAUCUGCUUCUCUGUGGUGAACCCUGCCAGCUUUCAGAACGUGCGGGAGGAGUGGGUGCCUGAGUUGCAGGAGUAUGCCCCUAAUGUGCCCUACCUGCUCAUUGGAACCCAGAUUGACCUGCGGGAUGACCCAAAGACCAUCGCCAAGUUGAACGAUGUGAAGGAGAAGCCCAUUCCAACAGAACAGGGACAAAAGCUGGCCAAGGAGAUUGGGGCCUGCUGUUAUGUGGAGUGCUCCGCUCUCACACAGAAGGGUCUGAAGACGGUGUUCGACGAGGCCAUCAUCGCCAUCCUGGCCCCAAAGAAGGGCGCCCUGAAAAGACGCCUGGGGCCCCGCUGCAUCAACUGCUGCCUCAUCACAUGAGAGCAGCGCCCGGUCGCCAGCCCGACAGGAAAACAGCCCCUACAGGCAUGACCGACUGACCAAUGUGACUGUGUGCUAAAUAAGCUAAAGAGAGACACAACAAAGACUUUU